GCGUGGAGCGGGUAGUGGAGGCAUACUGUAGCUGAAGUUCGGAACCGCGGUUAUAUCAAGAUGCAUCGCCGAGCGCGCAGUCGUUUAGCAGGCCAAGAACGAUCAUGUGCAGUGGUGACCUGUGGAUGCAAGGGCACACGUGUCGAGAGGGAGAUCUUUCCUCCUUGCCAAGUUGCCGCCUUCAGCUGCAUGGAAUGUGCGAGAGGGAGAUGACGAAGCUGAUCGGAGGGCAACGGAGACGGCGUGAACCAUCCAACGGAGACGGAGGGAAUCAUCUUCAAAGUGCGUGCUCGCACGUUUGGAUCUGCUCAUUCGUCUAUUCUUUCACCGGUCGCUUCUUUGGGGCGCAGUGUAGGGUUGCAGACGCUCCGUCUAGUGUGGUUGGUCAGCAGCGGAUCCAUGAGCAAGGGUACAGCGCCUUGCCCGAUCAGGUUAUAAACUUGCGCAGUAUUGCGUGCCUCAGGCAUUCGUCCACGCUGAUCACGCCUGCAUACCGCAACACUUGGGCUGUCCACCGAGUUUGGAACAACACAUCACCCAAGACUACCCACUCCUAUUGUUUGAGGGGCCUUGGACUGUCCUCACAUACUUCUUCCCACGACAAAACGAGAGCCGCGAAGGGCACGAGACUUCCAUUUAUAAAUCUCGCGCAGCCCGAGCCCUACACACUAGGCCAUAUCCGGACUAGCCUAGGCAGCAGGCAGCCAGACUGACGCCUCGCCUCAGGCGGCGACAUCGCGAAACGAAAAGCUCCCGCACUUCACCCUCUCCUCUAUUCUCCCCAUCUCCUCGCUCUUCGCCCGAUUCAAUCGCCCUAUUAUAUCGCCCGGCUAUUGGAGACGACCGGGAAGUGCAUUCGCGUCCCUUUCCGCCCCCAAAUCAUCCGCCCCACAUCUUCGGAUUGUGAGUGCCUGGAAAGCGCCUUCUUCUAAUUGACUCACUCCGCCCCAUCUGUCGUCAACACUCUCUCCCGCGCACCACCUCUCACUCACACCCAC